CAGAGGCGGCGGCUGCCAGACUGCUCGUGGCCCGCUGCCCGAGCCGCCAUCCCGCAGUGCCAAGUGCCCAGGCUGCAGGUGUCCCCGGGGCUGACGGCGGUGCUGGUGGAGGUGCAGGUGGCCACAGUGGAGCUCAACUACACCCUGCGGCUCUACCACAACCACAGCCAUGGCGCCGGCGGGUCGGGACGCGCAGUGACGGCGAGUGGGCCCAUGAACUACAGUGUGCCACUGGAGGAGGUGCUCCCCUGCCUUUGCCUGCAGGUCUGGCCAGAGAUCCAGGACCCGCUACGGGCCACCCUGUGUCCUUUCUCCCAUGAUGCAGCGGCGUGGGAACGACUGUGGGUGCAGACCCAGCUGGUGCUGCAUGAUGUGGGGCAGACAUUCACCUGCUCUGUCUCUGCACCCUGCGACCUCCUAGCUGAGCUGGUGCCCUGCUGGAGCCCGGCACCUGCCGUGCCGUGCCAAGCCCUGCCUGGCCUGCAGCAGCCUGUCACCGGGCAGGGACCACAGGAGUUCCAAGCGCUGCAGCCACACCCCAAUCUCUGUGUGCAGGUGAGGAGCAGCGGGAGGGUCCGGCUGACACAAUGCCUGCGGGACUGUGAGCACCCUAGAGUGCUGCCUGGCCAUGCAGACGACAUUCUGUUGAUGGAGCCUGGAGGGAACACAUCACUUUGUGCCCUGCAGCGGGGCAACUGCACGCCGCUCGCCAGCUUCACUGCCAUGCUGUAUCCCCUGCAGGAAACCGGCCGCCCGGGGCUGCUGGAACAGCAGCUGCAGGAGGACGUGGCAUCAGGGCAGUGUAUGCAGCUCUGGCGUCCUGAAAACGGCAGCGGGGUCACACUGUGGGCUUGUCCCAUGCACAAGUACAUGCGUGCCCGCUGGGCACUGGCCUGGCUGGGGGUGCUGGUGUGCACCGCCUGCAUCCUGCUGCUGCUGUUGCUGAAGAAGGAGGACGUGAAGGUUUGGCUCAAGUCUCUGCGCACUGGGCGUGGUUCCAAGGGUGAGUAGUGGGGAUCACUCUGUGGGGCUGGGUCCCCUACGGGGCCACCCCCCUGGGGCUCUCGGGGGAUGCCACUGAUGCUGUCCCACAGCC